CAUUCUCAGAAGUGAGGUUAAAUCAUCCCUUUUGUUUAGCUCGUGAAAAAUCUGCCCGGAAAAAUGGCUCUAUCAGUCCCCAAAGCCCCUGGAGUGUCUUCAAUGCUGAAGGAUGGUGCGCGGAUGUUCAGUGGUCUGGACGAGGCGGUGUUCAGGAACAUCUCGGCCUGCAAGGAGUUUGCCCACUCCGUGCGGAGUGCUUAUGGCCCCAACGGGAUGAACAAGAUGGUGAUUAACCACCUGGAGAAGCAGUUUGUCACAUCAGAUGCCGGCACAAUCAUCCGGGAGUUGGAUGUGGAGCACCCGGCGGCUCGUUUGAUGGUCCUCGCCAGUCAGAUGCAGGAGGCAGAGGCUGGAGAUGGCACGAACUUCGUGGUGAUCCUCGUGGGAGCGCUGCUGGAAGAGGCUGAGGAACUUCUGCGCCUCGGCGUGACCACAAGUGAGAUUGUGGAGGGAUAUGAGAAGGCGCUGGCGAAGGUGCAGGAGAUCCUGCCGGAGCUCGUGUGCCACGAGGUGAAGGAUUGCAGGGAUUUGAAGCAAGUUCAGGAGGCUCUGAGGGCCGCCAUCAUGUCUAAACAGUACGGAAAUGAGGACUUCCUGGCCGAACUCAUCGCCAAGGCGAGCAUCUCGAUUAUGCCUGAGCAGACGACGUUCAAUGUGGACAACAUCCGCGUGUGCAAGAUCCUGGGCAGCGGAAUUCAGCGAUCCGAAGUGUUGCACGGCAUGGUGUUCAAGAGGCAAGUGGAGGGUGACAUCACGAACCAGCGCGACGCCAAGAUCGCCCUGUUCUCCUGCCCAGUGGACAUAAUCCAGACGGAGACGAAGGGCACCGUGCUGAUCAAGACCGCCGACGAGCUGAAGAACUUCAGUCGCGGCGAGGAGAAUCUGCUGGAGGAGCAGAUCCGCGCCAUCGCGGCCACCGGGGCCAAAGUCGUGGUCGCCGGCGGGAAGUUCGGCGACAUGGCGCUGCACUUCAUGAACAAGCACGGCCUCAUGGCGGUGCGCCUGAUGUCCAAGUUCGAUCUGCGGCGCCUCUGCAAGGCCGUCAACGGAACCGUGCUGCCCAAGCUGACGGCUCCGGCGGCCGAGGAGCUGGGCUACUGCGACAGCGUAGCCGUGGACGAGGUGGGAGGCACGACAGUGGUGGUGUUCAAGAGCGAGGGCGCAGAGAGCCGGAUCGCAACGGUGCUCAUUCGCGGAUCCACAGACAAUGCGAUGGACGACGUCGAGCGGGCAGUUGAUGAUGGAGUGAACAACUUCAAGGCCUUGACUCGUGAUGGGCGUCUCCUGCCUGGCGCCGGAGCCACCGAAGUGGAGCUGUCGCAGCGACUGGCAGUGUACGCCGAUACUCUUCCUGGGCUGGAUCAGUACGCCGUCCGGAAGUUCGCUGCUGCGCUUGAGGUCUUCCCCAAGGCGCUGGCAGACAACUCCGGCGUGAACUCCACGGAUGUGCUGCAGGCGCUGCACUUGGCGCAUCGCGGAGGCUCCGUGAAUCAGGGAUUCGAUCUGAACAGCGAACUUCCGGCGACGGUGGACGCCAAGGAGGCGAAGAUCUUCGAUAACUUCGCUACGAAGGCGUGGGCGCUGAAGUACGCCGUGGGAGCGGCCACGACCAUCCUCAAAGUGGACCAGAUCAUCAUGGCGAAGAGAGCGGGCGGACCGAAGCCCCGACAAGCGCCCCAGAGCGAUGAUGAGUCGUAGAGCAGCGUCCGGAUCACUUCCUCCUCUUAUUUUGUAUUAACUCACGAGAUCUUUCAGCUUCAAUACAUCCAGUGUCACUAAACAUUACUUGGCUCGCACCAUGUGCAUGAAGAC